AUGUAUUGUUCAAUACUCCCAGAGGACUAUGAAUUUGAAGAGGAGGAGUUGGUUUUGUUGUGGAUGGCAGGAGGUCUAAUUCAACCACAGAAAGGGGAUAAGCAAAUGGAAGAUCUAGGUAGCGAGUAUUUUCAAGAUUUGUUGUCAAGGUCCUUUUUCCAACAAUCAAGCACGAAGAAAUUUCGGUAUGAGAUGCCAUGGCGGUUCUCUUUCAACCAUUCAAGCAAAGUGAAACAACAAUUUGUAAUGCAUGACCUCAUCAAGGAUUUGGCACAAAGGGUUGCAGGAGAUAUAUGCUUCAGAAUAGAGGAUGGAAUUUGGGUUGGUAAUGGAAGGAGACUUUCUAAAAAGGCUCGGCACUCUUCUUACUUGGGUGGCCAAUACGAUAUUGAUAACAAGUUUGAGCCUUUCUUUGAACUCAAAUGUCUACGUACCUUCCUCCCCCUUCCACGUCAUAGUUACUGUUAUUUGACUCGUAAUGUUCCUCUUCAAUUGUUGCCAGAAUUAAAAAGUUUAAGAGUGCUCUCUUUGCAAGGGUAUUACAUAGCUGAGUUACCAGAUUCGAUUGGUGAUUUGAAGCAUCUACGGUACCUUGACCUUUCUCGCACUGAGAUUAGAUGUUUGCCUGAAUCAACAACCAGUCUAUGCAACUUACAGACAAUGAUUCUAGAGAGAUGUUCUUAUCUAAAGAAAUUGCCUUCAAAUUUGGGCAACUUGGUCAACUUGCGCCACCUCAACAUUCUCCAUGCAAAUAAGCUGGAAGGAAUGCCUCCUCAAAUAGGUAAAUUAACUCAUCUCCAAACAUUGUCUAAUCUAAUUGUGGGAAAAGGCAGUUGCUUCGCAUUAAGAGAGCUAGGUUCUUUAUUGCAUCUUCGAGGGACACUCAUCAUCUCACAAUUGGAGAAUGCCAUUGAACCCACAUAUGCAAGGGACGCUAAGUUAAUUGGAAAGCCCAAUCUUACUGUGUUGUGCUUGGAAUGGAGUAACAAAUUGGAUGAGUCACUCGACAGAACAAGUGAAUUUGAGGUACUUAACAUGCUACAGCCUCACAGGGCUUUGAAAGAGCUCACUAUCAGGUGUUAUGGUGGUAUGGAAUUUCCGACUUGGCUAAGAGGUCAUUCAUUUUCUCAUAUGGUGCUUUUAAGGAUUGAAAAUUGUAAAAUGUGCACGUCAUUGCCACUAGUGGGCCAACUACCAUCACUCAAACACCUUUUCAUUGAAGGCAUGGUGAGUGUGAAGAAUGUCGGUCAUGAGUUUUAUGGGGUUAGUUGCUCACAACCUUUUGAAUCCUUAGAAACUUUGAAAUUCACGAAUAUGGAAGAAUGGGAGAACUGGAUCCCUAAUGAAGAGUUUAGAAACCUGCGUGAGCUUUCCAUUACAAAUUGUCCCAAGUUGUUGGGGAAGUUACCUAACCAUUUUCCUUUACUUAAAAAAGUUUUGGUACAAGACUGUCCGAGGUUGGUGGUUUCCAUUUCAAACUUUCCUAAGCGUUGCAGUCUACAAAUUGGAGGAUCUGAAGGGGUGAUGCGUGAAAAUAAGGUUGUCUUCAACUCACUAAAUUCCAAGUCUUUUUCAACAAUUUCAGAAUUCAAAUCUCCAAUAGAAGGGCUUAUUCUCAAAGGACUAGCACAUGUAGAAUAUCUAAAUAUUGAAAAUUGUGAGGAGUUGACACAUUUGUGGUCAAAUGAUGUGGGAUUAUUACAAUCCCUUCCACGUCUUCGUUACUUGAAGAUUGGCAAUUAUCAGAAACUAUAUCAUUUGGUAGAUGAAGCAAAAGAGCAACCAAAACAGGGUAUGCCAUCCACCCACAAUGGCAUGGAAUUUUUACCCAAGGAAAUCAUGUACAACAACACGUGUAUUGAGCGCAUUGAGAUUAGUGGAUGUGAUUCACUGAAGCACUUUGCAAUAGGCCAGCUACCUCCAACACUUAAGCGGCUAUGCAUACAGAAUUGCAAGAGUAUGAUAAUUUUACUUGAUGAGGAUGAUGCCAAUAGUUGCAGUACUAGCACAUCUCUUCUUGAGUUCUUGGAGAUUGAUCACUGUCCAUCCCUCAAAUUCUUAACAUCUAGCGUAGAAUUAUUGGCAUCACUUAAACACCUCGAUGUUAAAGAUUGUGGAAAGCUGGUGUCAAUAGCGAAAAGUGAAGAAUUACCUGCAACACUUCAACACCUUACAAUUCGGAAUUGUGGACAGCUGGAGUCAAUAGCGAAGAGCUUCCAUCACAACUCGUCUCUUGAAAAGAUUAAUAUUAUGUAUUACGGAGGGUUGCUCCCUAGCAACCUUAGAGAGUUAGGGAUUGAUUGUAAUAUGGCCCUGCCUAACUGCAUUCACAACCUCACCUCACUUCAAAAAUUGAGGAUUAGCCGGGUAUCAUCAUCCUUUCCGGAAGAGGAUUUUCCCGCCAACCUAACAUCACUUUCAAUCUCGGAUUGCAACAUCACACUGAGGCAUUGCUUCACUGGGGGCUGCACAGACUUACCUCUCUUCAAAAACUUUACAUUGUAG